ACCCAGUGAAGAUUUCCGCAGUAGGUGCAACCAUUGCCCUUCCACUUUCACGUUCUCUGUCAGUCAAGAAAGUACAAGGACACCCCCAGCUUUAGCUUCCGCCGAAAAACGUCUCAACCUAACCUCCUCUGCCCAAAAUCACGAACACCCAACAACCUUCGAUCGAAAGAUUCUCCAAAACAAACGUAAAAAUCCCAUCUUUAUCUCUCGCCCACCCGUUUCUUGACUCGCCCAUCUCGCCGUCGAGUUCAGCUUUUGGGACGACGGGGUCUGGUUGCCAUGGAGUUCUUGCAAUCCCAAGAUUUCCAGAUUCUCGUGGGCGUCGCCGUGGCGCUUGUCGCCGUUGCAGUCGCUGUUGCCUACCUCAAGUCCACCAAGAAACCAAAAGGAUGUUUGGAUCCUGAAAAUUUCAAGCAAUUUAAACUCGUCAAACGGACACAGCUGAGCCACAAUGUGGCAAAGUUCACAUUUGAACUUCCAAUGCCUUCUUCUGUUUUGGGGCUCCCCAUUGGACAACAUAUAAGUUGCAGGGGCAAGGAUAGCCAAGGUGAGGAGGUUAUCAAACCCUACACCCCAACUACCUUGGACUCUGAUGUUGGAUACUUUGAGCUGGUCAUUAAGAUGUACCCACAAGGAAGGAUGUCACAUCAUUUCCGCGAGAUGCGUGUGGGUGAUUAUCUGUCUGUAAAGGGACCAAAGGGACGUUUCAGGUACCAACCUGGCCAAGUUAGAGCUUUUGGGAUGAUUGCGGGAGGCUCUGGCAUCACUCCAAUGUUCCAGGUUGCUCGGGCAAUACUAGAAAACCCAAAAGACAAGACGAAGGUGCACCUUAUCUAUGCCAAUGUGACUUCUGAGGACAUUCUUUUGAGGGAGGAGUUGGAUGGCCUUGCUUCUAGCUACCCAGAUGGCUUUAAAAUUUACUACGUUCUGAACCAGCCUCCUGAGGGUUGGGACGGCGGUGUUGGAUUUGUGUCGAAGGAAAUGAUUCAAACCUACUGCCCUGCACCAGGGCCAGGAAUUCAGAUCUUGAGAUGCGGUCCACCACCGAUGAAUAAAGCCAUGGGUGGGCACCUUGAGGCACUUGGUUAUGCACCGGAAAUGCAGUUCCAGUUCUGAUCCUCAUCGAGCAAUAAACCUUCGAUCGGCCCAGAAUUUUCCUUCUCUUUUCUUUGCAGGGUCAGGAAAUGUGCUUUGUGCAAUUGUUCUGUGGUCUAAAUAUGGACUUAAUCGUACGAGACUUUUUUAACGGAAACAUGGGUUGCGGGCAUGUACGUUGUAACUCCGGAAUCUGACUUCCCUACCAUUUCAUAAAGCUAACUCUGCAAUCUGUAUCUUGCAGCAAGUGAAUUCCCCCAA